ACCUGUCGUGCUCGUGUCGAAAUUCGAAGUCUUGACGUCUCCGUGAGUGUGCUGUUAUCUUUCUGAUGUGGGAAGCUAUAGUGCAUUAACUUUUAGUUUUCACGUUAUCUCGUGAGGACGUCAUUUGCAGAUAAGAUGGAAAAAAGGAGCCAGUGCAUACACGCUGAACAUUCUGGGUUUUCUGGACUUGGAGAAUUAUUAUCGAAAGCAAAUCUGAAUGGGGUUUCAAAGAGUCUCACGUCCCUUGCAGAAGACGCUCAUUGUCAAGCCUGUAAAAUUCCAGGUCGUAACCUCUGGCUUUGUUUACAUUCAAAAUGCUAUCGUAUACUGUGUGGUGAGGCUCAUAAAGAUCACAGUAGCGACCAUUUUCAAGACUGCAAUAAUCAUUGCUUGCAUUUGAAUUUAAACACCUUCAGAAUUUGGUGCUAUAAAUGUGAAGGUGAAAUGUUUCCUCUCAACAAUGACCCAGUCAUCAACCAAAAUUUGUUGACCUUGUUUUCCAAAGAGAAUGUACAAUCUGAUCACCUACCAAGAGUAAAAUGUGAAACCCAAGGGAUUGUGGGACUUCAAAAUUUGGGCAACACCUGCUAUUUGAAUGCUGCACUUCAGGCUUUAUCAAAUGUGCCUCCUAUGACCCAGUAUUUUCUUGAAUGUAUGCCUCUGACAGAUCAAGAUAAAGAAAUCAAAAGAACUUCAUUAGCCAAAGCAUAUAGGAACUUAAUCCAAAAUAUGUGGAGUGAACAUCCUCCCCCAACAAUUGCACCGACUUCGGUUCUAUAUGCAGUUAAGCUGGUAUUUCAAAUGUUUCGUGGGUUUCAGCAACAUGACUCGCAGGAGUUCCUCCGCUGUUUUAUGGAUCAGCUUCAUGAAGAGUUAAAAGAACCCAUAUUGGAUGCCCGAGAGCGCGAGGCACUAUCCGAGAAUAACCAGUCGGACGAAGAUUCCGAACAAUCUGAAUCCGAAUCAUAUUUGACCUGUGAUUCCGGUGUUAGCGAUGACGAAGGGUCAUCUCAAUCAGGUACAAAUGCAACCUAUCGCUCCGGACGUCGCAAGAGGACUAGAAGUUCAUCGGAUAGUGAAUUCUCCGACGCGUUGGACAGAUCUCCGUCUCCUCGAAACACAUCCGUCGAGGUAUCUAACAGCUCAUCUUUGAAAUUUCGUAGUAUUGUGUCAGAUGUCUUUGACGGACAAAUUCUAAGCUCCGUCGAAUGCCUCACUUGCAAUUUGAUUUCAAACCGAAUGGAGACGUUUCAAGAUCUUUCUUUGCCUAUUCCCAGCCGUGAUCAACUACAUGUCAUUCAUCAAUCGGUGCCACAGACAUGGAGUCAAAGUGAAGACGAGGGUUGGAUUUCUUGGAUGUGGAGUUACGUUUGGGGUUGGUUCUGGGGUCCAAACGGUCGCCUAAACGACUGUUUGUCUGCUUUCUUUAGCGCUGAUGAACUCAAAGGCGAUAACAUGUAUAGUUGUGAAAAGUGCAAAAAGCUCCGCAAUGGUAUAAAAUUUUCUACGAUAGAAGUUUUGCCAGAAGUCUUGACUAUUCAUCUCAAACGCUUUCGCCAUGAGCCAAUGUUCAGUUCUAAGAUCUCCUCCCACAUAUCUUUUCCGAUCCGAGGCUUGGACAUGAAGCCUUGGUUAAGUCGAGACUGUUCCUCCAAAAUAACCAUUUAUGACUUAAUUGCUGUCAUUGUGCAUCACGGUACUGCCGGUGGCGGUCAUUAUACUUGUUACGCUCUCAAUGAACCUUCCUCUCAGUGGAUAGAGUUCGAUGAUUCUUCAGCUAGACCAGUGUCGAUCGAAACAGUUGCAAAUUGCCAAGCCUAUGUCUUGUUUUACCAAAAGAGGCGAUCCAACGAAAUGGCAGACUUUCGCCGGCAUAUAGCUAAUCUAACCCAACAGGAACUAGAUGCUCAAUCAAAUGGAGGCCUGUUGCAGUUUUACAUUUCCUCUAGAUGGUUUUGUAAGUUUAAGACAUUUGCUGAACCUGGAUCAAUUCACAAUCAGGAUUUCCUGUGUCCUCAUGGAGGUGUCCAACCUUUGAAAAUCGAAAGACUUGAAGAAGUGUGCAUACCAGUCAGUGCUGUUGUUUGGGAAGCCCUGCAUACAAGGUUUGGUGGUGGCCCAGCAUGUAAUCGACUUUUUAGGUGCCCUAUAUGUCAACAAAAGCAAGAAGUGAUGGACAAGAGACGAAGGGAAGAGCUCGACACAUUUCUGGAAUUGCAAAGAGAUUUUCAGAACGAAAAAUCAUCUGUUCCUAUUUAUGCCAUCGCUAUGAAUUGGUUUCGAAAGUGGGAAAAUUUUGUCAAGAAUAGGGACACCCCUUUACCCGGGCCGAUAGAAAAUCUACCGAUAACCAUUUUGCGCAACGGAAAUCGGGUCCUCAGACCAUCUUCUGAUUUCGCGCAACUGUCGGCCGCCCUUUGGCAUUUGUUUCAUUCACAUUACGGCGGAGGACCUGAAGUCAUUAUACGUUCAUAACGUUUGAGAUCUUCAAAGAUAUUAUUUAGCCACAUUCUGUUAGUCCAACCUGGCGCUCGCAUAUCAGCAGCAUUUAUAAAGUAAGGCAUACAACCCACAAAGCAGAAACAAACAAUACAGAGCCAACGAACUGCUCAUUUGAAAUUA